CUAUCCCGACCACAGAGCCAGCACAGGAUGUGGGCACCGAACCGCGUAAACCCAGGUGCUAAACGCACUUCAUCAGUCCAUUCGAUUGUAUCUUUACAGUCAGGGAGCCGCCCCGUAUCGAUGAGUUCGCCUCAGAUGCAGAGACAAUCGAGGAGCUAUGAAUCGGACAACUACUCUGACCUAGGUUCAGAAGACGAACAGCCGUACACCCGAGGUCCACAGAACACCUCAAUGUCAGCUAUGUCGCAAAUGCAACGACAGCAACCUAACUCCACAGCGAAUCUGGCCCCUCAAAAAGUAGGAAACGACGUUAGCUAUGCUGCCCCCACAAACAGACCGCAAUAUCAAGACCAGAGAACUUUUGUUGAGCGACCAGUGGACGACGAUGCGACUUCGCGGUCCUCUACGCUGGAUGGCAACGAGGAGGAUGUCCCGUAUCCACUGAAAAAGUCAUUGGCGCAUUCUGCCAUCAAAAUGAGCCUCACAGGACAGGAACCGGCAUCUCCAGCACCCGCACCGCACAUUCCCGGCCCUCUAGAGUCGCAGCUUGCUGCCUUGAUGUCCAAGCUUGUCUAUAUCGAACAAGCGAACCCUACCAUAACGGUCAAGCCUGAGGAAUAUGAGCAGACGAUGGCGCGUUUGAAAGCGCUAGAAGAGGAAAAGAAGCUGUGGUGGAAGCGACACGAGGCCAUCUGGAGCCUUCGAGACGAAGACGUGGAGAACAACAUCAAGAUUCGCGGAUUGUUAGCUAGCUGUCGACGCGAACUAGACGCGACCAAAGCAUUACGCGAUGAAGAUCUUCUGAAUGUACAGAUUGUACGGAGCAAGCUUGCGGAAAAGACCAGAGAAGUGGAGCGACUGCAUGCACAGACCGGACGUACCAGCCCGAGCCGAGGGCGUCCAGGCAGCUUUCUCGAGCGGCGCGAUACAACAGAUCUAUUCACUGCGGCCAAGGUGGCAGCUCUUGAGCAACGAGCUCUCGAACUAGAAAAGAGAAACUCGGACCUUGUCGCGCAGUUGGGAACGUCGCGAGGUGGUAGCAUCGAUGACCUGAACCGGGCAACAGCUCACCAGGCAUGGAAAGGGACAGUUGCCGAUCUGGAAUCAAAGAUCAAGGCCAAGGAUGCUGAGAUCUCGCGUCUAAGGGGCCAGGGUGCCUCUGCGGGAAGCGGGCAGAUGGACUGGUACCGGAUUGAAGCGCUACUGGAGGAACAUUCAAGCUACCGUGAGAGCAUCGGAGGCAAGCUGCAGGCUCUCCGGUCGGAGAAGGAGGGACUCAUGAGAGAUCUGCACCGCAAGGAGAACGAGUGCCAAGUGUUGGAGCUCAAAGUGCAGACGCUGCAGAGACGCGCAAACGUACCUUCAUCGUCCACCAUGCAGUCGGCUCUCGUGUCUCUCCUCGCAGUUGCUAAUGCGGCCACCGUACAGGCGGCCUAUUCAUUCGACCCCUUGCAGCAUCUUGCCGGUAUUGCCCCUUACUUCGAAGAUCCGCGCCUUGACCCGAAGCCACCUCAGGGUUGCAAUGUGACGCGCGCUUCGUACCUCAUCCGUCAUGCCGCCAUCUACGCCAAUGACUUUGAUUUUGAGGAGUACAUUGAGCCCUUCACAGACAAGCUGAAGAACACGACAGCGAACUGGCGAAGUGCUGGACCCCUAUCCUUCCUUUCUAAGUGGGAGACACCCAUAAGCGAUGAAGAGCUAGAAGACCUCACUUCCGUCGGCAGGCUUGAAUCAUACAAGCUGGGUGUCGACGUCCGUCUGCGCUAUCCCACCUUCAAGGACCCUGAGCGUGUAUGGACAUCAACUGCUGAGAGGACCGAGCUCAGUGCGUCUUCAUUCAUUGACGGCCUCGUGGCUGAGAGCAACAACACCAAACGCGUUUCCGUGCGCGAAGAUGCUGCUCGGGGCGCAGAUUCUCUGACACCCUACAAGGGUUGCCCCAAGUACAGCUCUUCCUACGGUAGUGACCAGUCAUCUCAAUACCAAGAAACGUACACCAAGCCCAUCGUCGACCGUCUGAAUGCGUAUGCCCCUGCCUUCAACUUCACCGCCGAUGAUGUCGUGGGCAUGCAGCAGCUGUGCGGAUAUGAGACUGUGAUCCGUGGCUCUUCACCAUUCUGUUCUCUCGAACUCUUCUCCCAGGACGAGUGGCUCUCCUUCGAGUACAUGAAUGAUAUCAUGUAUUUCUACAACACCGGCUAUGGAAGCACGCAGCUGUCGGGCGCCCUUGGCCUUCCUUGGCUCAACGCUUCCGCCGUCGAAAUGCUCUCCGACGAGGCCGACCAGGAUCUCUACGUCUCCUUCACGCAUCGCGAGUUGCCUCCUACCGUCGUAGUCGCUAUGGGCCUCUACAACAACUCUGCCUAUUCCGGAUCGAACAACCCCAACGCGACGAUGCCGCUCGACAGGCCCAACCACUCAAGAGCAUGGAGGUCAUCAAGAAUUCUACCUUUCUUGUCCAACAUUGCCAUUGAGAAAAUGACUUGCGACAGCUACGGAUUCUCUGCCGACGAGUAUUUCCGAGUUCUGGUUAACAAGGAUCCACAACCGCUGUCUUGUGCUGACGGCCCAGGAGAGAGCUGUUCCAAGAGCGCGUUCCAGGAUUUCAUUCAAGAAAGAGCCGCACUUUUUGGCGGAUAUACUGAGGAGUGCCAACCAGAGUACUCAAACUCUACUGACAUUCUUACUUUCGUUCACGUGCGAAACACAUGUGCCGAUGCGACUCAACAAGUGUUCAAGGUGCAUCUAGCCCUAUUGAUUUUUGUAGACGUCAUGACUAGCAGUCUUGGGUGCACUGAUCCAGGAAUACCCGAGUGUGGCGCGCUACAACGCGUCUUCUUUACAACGCUCAUCGCAAUUGUGCCGCUUCUCAUACAUUUACCAGUCUACCAAAUGGGAGACCAUAUCGAGAACAAGGGCACGCGCCCUAGUGCGAUCGUUGUCGGUGCUGGUGCCGGAGGUGUCGCGACUGCAGCGCGACUUGCGGCAGCAGGCUACAAGGUGACUGUAGUCGAGAAGAAUGACUUCUCCGGCGGGAGAUGCAGUUUGAUACAUCGCAACGGAUAUAGGUUCGAUCAAGGCCCGAGCUUGUUGCUGCUUCCUCGAUUCUUCCACGAGACAUUCGAGGAUCUUGGGACCUCACUCGAUGCCGAGGGCGUCAAGCUGGUCAAGUGUGAACCGAAUUAUAACGUUCAUUUCCACGAUGACACUACGUUCAAGCUCUCAACCGACAUCUCCAUCAUGAAGGGUGAAAUCGAGCGUUUUGAAGGAAAAGACGGCUUCGAGCGAUACCUUGGUUUCCUGCAAGAGUCGCAUCGACACUAUGAAGUUUCCAUCAUCCAUGUGCUGAAGAAGAAUUUCUACUCGUUACUGAGCAUGGUUCGCUUCGAUUUCUUGUUGCAUCUCUUCGAGCUGCAUCCGUUCGAGAGUAUCUACUACCGAGCGAGCAAAUACUUCUGGACGGAGAGGUUGCGAAGAGUCUUCACAUUUGCAAGCAUGUAUAUGGGUAUGAGCCCAUUUGAUGCUCCGGGAACCUACAGUCUGUUGCAAUACACGGAGUUGGCUGAGGGUAUUUGGUAUCCCAUUGGCGGCUUCCACAAAGUGGUGGAAUCUCUUGUCAACGUUGGUGAGCGCUUGGGCGUUGAGUUUAGGUUCGAUAGUCCGAUCCGCAACAUACAGCUUUCAGAUGAUGGGAAGCGUGCCACCGGCGUUGUCUUUGAAGACAACACCAAGGAACCGCUAACCGCCGAUGUUGUUGUUUGCAACGCAGAUUUGGCAUAUGCAUACAAUCAGCUUCUUCCCUCUUCCUCAUUCGGGCGAUCUCUCUUAAAACGUCAGGCUUCUUGCUCCAGCAUAUCCUUCUACUGGGCACUGGACCGACAAUUCCCUGAACUAAGCGCUCACAACAUCUUUCUCGCCGAAGACUACAAGGAAAGUUUUGAUAGCAUCUUCAAGCAGCACCUGAUACCAGAUCAACCCAGCUUUUACGUCAAUGUCCCGUCCCGCGUUGACCCUUCUGCGGCGCCAGAGGGGUGUGAUUCUAUCGUCAUCUUGGUACCGGUUGGGCACUUGGAAAGCGACUCGACGAACUCGCACAAGGGCUCCAAGCACACGAAAGGCCUAACUCAAGAUUGGGAUUCUAUGGUAGCAUCAGCGCGCGACACUGUCAUCAAAACCAUGGAAGCACGACUCAACAUCUCACUCGGUCCCCACAUUAUCGAAGAAACCAUCAACACGCCGCCUACAUGGAAGUCCUCAUUCAACCUCGACCGUGGCGCUAUCUUGGGCCUGAGCCACUCCUUCUUCAACGUGCUCAGUUUCAGGCCGAAGACCAAGCAUCGCAGCAUCGAAGAUCUGUACUUUGUCGGUGCAAGCACUCACCCAGGUACUGGAGUUCCUAUUGUGCUCGCUGGUGCCAAACUGGUUACUGAACAAAUACUCUACGAUCGGGAGCAAGAGAGUCGCAUCCCGUGGCGCCCGCUAGGCACGAAAGAGACCAAGGCGUCGCCAGGUCCUCUGGAUCGGACACAAAACGGACCAUAUCUCAGUUGGCUCGUUUGGAUACUGUUGAGCAUCUUCCUCGUGUUUACGACUGUACCUGGUGCUUUGUACUAUCAAAAUCAAAAGGCUGGCAAUGGGUUGAUGGGUGAUUGGUAA